CUCUGACAGAGCUGCCCAGACCAAUUCAAGUGGAGUUUAACUCCAGUAACUUCAAGUACGUGCUCCACUGGAAACCCGGAGGUCCUGAAAAUUCCACGUACAUUGUUGAGUACCAGAUGUCAUUUAUAAAAAUCACGGAGAGUAAAGGUCCCAGAACAGAUCCCUGAGGCACUCCACUGGUCACUGACCUCCAUGCAGAAUAUGGCCCGUCUACAACCACACUUUCUCUUCUGUGGGCAAGCCAGUUCUGGAUCCACAAAGCAAUGUCCCCUUGGAUCCCUUGCCUCCUUACUUUCUCAAUAAGCCUUACAUGGGGUAUUUUAUCAAAUGCCUUGCUGAAAUCCAUAUACACUACAUGUACUACUCUUCCUUCAUCAAUGUGUUUAGUCACAUCCUCAAAAAAUUCACUCAGGCUCAUAAGGCACGACCUGCCCUUGACAAAGCCAUGCUGACUACUCCUAAUCAUGUUAUACCUCUCCAAAUGUUCAUAAAUCGUGCCUUUCAGGAUCUUCUCCAUCAACUUACCAAUCACUGAGGUAAGACUCACUAGUCUAUAAUUUCCUGGGCUAUCUCUACUCCCUUUCUUGAAUAAAGGAACAGUACCCACAAAACUCCAAUCCUCUGGAACCUCUCCCAUCCCCAUUGAUGAUGCAAAGAUCAUCGCCAGAGGCUCAGCAAUCUUCUCCCUUGCCUCCCACAGUAACCUGGGGUACAUCUCAUCCAGUCCUGGCAACUUAUCCAACUUGAUGCUUUCCAAAAGCUUCAGCACAUCCGCUUUCUUAAAUCUACAUGCUCAAGCUUUUCAGUCUGCUGUAAGUCAUCCCUACAAUCACCAAGAUCCUUUUCCAUGCCUCUAUCAAACCUCCUCUCAAUAUCUACAUUCCAAGGAAUGAAGUCCUAAUAUCUACAUGCUCAAGCUUUUCAGUCUGCUGCAAGUCAUCUCUACAAUCACCAAGAUCCUUUUCCAUGCUUCUAUCAAACCUCCUCUCAAUAUCUACAUUCCAAGGAAUGAAGUCCUAUCCUAUUCAAUCUUUCCUUGUAACUCAAGUCUUCCAGACCUGGCAACAUCCUUGUAAAUUUUCUCUUUACGCUUUCAACCUUUUCUCUGUACCCCUUUCCUGUAGCUAGUUGACCAAAAUUACACACAAUACUCCAAAUUAGGCCUCACCAAUGACAGCGAUCCCAAACUAUCUCAUCGUAAAAUCCAAAAUCUGGAAAGGUCUGAAAUCCAAAAUACUUCUGGCCCAAGAUCUCAGCUAUGGAGAGGAUUGGAAGGUUAAACCUGAGUGUUCCCGCAUCUCCACUCACUCUUGUGACUUAACCGAUGAUAUUAAACAGGAGGACAACUGGUACCAUGCCAGGGUGAUGGCAUCCCAGACUGACACCAAUUCAUCCUGGUCUACAUCAGAACGAUUCAACCCUUUGAGCAAGACUAUAAUCGGAGCCCCAGCAGUGAAGUACACAGCCAGCACUCGAUCCUUCAAUGUCUGGGCAGAACCACCAACCAUCCCACCAGCUGGGGAAAUUCCGCGCUCUAUUCAAGAAAUUUUCCACGAGGUUGAGUACAACUUGAAGGUUGUCCAUUCAGCAACAAAUCAAACGGUAUUUUUUGCCAGCAACAAGAGUGGAAAUUUCACCGUUACACCCUUGGAGCCCAGUACCGAAUACUGUGGAAGUGUAAAUCUUCUCUUGAAGAAAGGAGUUUUUUUGAAAGAGAGCCAGACCGUGGUCUUCUGCAUCAAGACUGAGCAAGAAUGGACACCGGUGGUUAUUCUGCCGACCGCUGUGUUGAUUUUGCUCGUAGUACUCAUCAUUGGAACAUUUAUCUGGAUGGCAUACAGUUACACAAGACACCACCGAUCUUUGCCCCGAGCCUUGGAUCUGGAGCAAAUCCUUUUGAGGAAGCAGCCUCCACUACAUUCGAUACCCACCAUCCAUCUGAUCUCCUGCCAUGAGGAUAUUUUCCAGUUUGAACACUUUGUUCAUAUGGAGGGCGUGGGUCUUUUAAUGUGCCAGUCCUGUGACAGAGAAGGGAAUUUGAAACCGAUAGAACUUGGCUUGGGCACGCUGAGGGGCACCUAUGCACCCGAAGAUCAUGCCAGGAAAAUGCAGACAAACGUUCCGAGUUCUAGUGAUCGUGAAGUUCAAAGUGGUCUCUCAUCUGGACCAGUGGACAAUGGAUGCUCUUCACUAUAUCGUCCCCAAAGCAGUGAGGGUCCAUCAGAUACUGACGCAUCAAGCCAAAAUUUUCUACAGCUACUGGCUGAAAAUUAUGGGGCAUUUCUUCAAGUGAUAUCUCCAAAAACUGAGGCAAGUGGUGAAAAUGUAUCCACCACACAAGAGGAACCAUUAAAUCCAUUGAAAGGACUGAGAGAAGACCUAUUGUGCAACAAAGAAGGCAAAAUAUUGCACACUGGUCCUAGAAUGGAGAUGCAGAUAUCGAAACUCCUGGAUGGACAACCAGUACCAUUUCCAUCAUUCCACGAUGACAAGCAACACAUGUAUCAGGCCAACUGGCAGGAGAAGCAGCCCAUGGAAAUAUUGUCUUCACUGAAGGAAGAAAGCCAACUCAACCCAUUGUUGUGUCAAUACAGGCCACAAGUGAAGAGUCAAAUAUUACUGUCACAGUUGGAGGACAAGGAUGUAAUUCAAUGUGAAGGAAUGGAUGGACUCCCACCAAAGAAAGUAUCCUUAACCGAUAUUUUACAAACUGAUCGAUAUUUUCCUGGGCCCUCACUAUUGGACAACUUCACUGCCCCGGCCCAGGUAAAGCCUCCCUGGGAAGGAGUCUACAAGAACCAGCUGCUCACUUCAAAUUCAUCCGAGAGGGAAGGGCAGCAACUGAGUUUACAGACAGAAACUGUAGCUGAACCAAGUGACCUUCUUGCAAAUUGGGAAGUCCGCGUUCACUUCGACGAUUAGAUCCCUGAAAAAGUACUUCUUCUCCUAGAUCGGGGGUUCCCAACUCUUUUUGUAUUUCAUGGACCCCUACCAUUAACUGAGGGAACCCCUGUCCUAGAUGUACUCUCUAUCCCUGGUCUGUGUGAUUGGAAUAUAUUGGAACAGGAGGAAGGCGACUUUGAAAGAUACUUGGUGAAUGGAGAAUUUUCAUUCUGAUGUUGAAGCUAAACUAUUAUGAUCUGUAGCCUGGUUCCAGUGCAUUUUAUGGUCUGUUAUCAAUGAAGGAAGCCAGGUGGGUGGGAAAGGUAAGGGGCUGGAGAAGAAGGAAUCUGAUAGGAGAGGAGAGUGGAUGUCACUCAUGUUACACCGAGAUGCUAAAGCAAUCUAUUUGAUGACUCUCCAGUAAUAUUUCCUUCCCUCAAACCGCUUUUCCUGGUUGUACAUAACAAGAAAAUUAAAUGAAAACCAUUGUAUAUCAUUUGAUUCUGAAUCAUAAAGGAUCAUUGAACAUUGGACUUUAAAAUCAAACACAGUUUAUCAGUACUUUACAAAUUGUGAAAUGGGUAAGAUUAGCUUCUAGGUAUGUUCGAAGGUUCAUUUAUUAUCAAAGUAUGUGUCCAUGUGUAUGUCAGAGUGCUGGGUUGUGAACUGUAGCUUUUGUUGGACUCAAGAUCAAGGUCUCUGG